UUAAAUUACUUUGAUAGCUAGAGAGCAAUUAUUAUAUAAAGCUAAUUUUUAAUUGUAGAUAUACAUUUAGUCGAAAGUUAAAAAGAAAAAUGAAAUCCCUAAACAAACGUUCCCAAAUGUUCUCAUCACUCUCCAACCACAAUUCACCACAAUCAAUGGAGUCACCACAAUACGAGAUCUCUUCAAGCUCUUCUUCUGAAAAACCUAGAUACUACUUUCAAUCAUCUGAUAUAUUCCCCAACCUCACUCAAAACCCUAGUAACAGCAAUACCCAAAUCGAGUCGUUACCGCUUAUCGAUGGGAUAAAUUUAAACUCAAACCUUAACCUAAACCUUAAGCCACCGUAUGUUGAAAAAGAAGAGGAAGAGAAAGAAGAGGAGGAAGAUCACGUUGAUCUGAGCUUAUACAUCGGCCUUCCUAGCUCUGAUAAUUCGAGAAACGGUGUUAAACUGCCGAAGAAGAAAAAUGGGAAGGACAUCAUCACUCAUGACGCUGGAAAACAGAUGGAGAAUGAACUUUCCGGCAAAGCAUACUGGAUUCCGGCGGUGGAGCAAAUUAUAAUAGGCUUCACUCAUUUUUCUUGCCAUGUAUGCUUCAAGACAUUCAAUCGCUACAACAAUCUUCAGAUGCACAUGUGGGGCCACGGUUCACAAUACAGGAAAGGACCAGAGUCACUUAAAGGGACGCAGCCACGAGCAAUGCUAGGGAUCCCUUGUUACUGCUGCGUCGAAGGGUGUAGGAACCACAUUGACCAUCCUCGAUCCAAGCCGCUUAAAGACUUCCGAACGCUCCAAACACACUACAAACGCAAACACGGCCAAAAGCCCUAUGCGUGUCGCAUCUGCGGUAAGCUGUUGGCUGUCAAAGGCGAUUGGCGCACACACGAGAAGAAUUGUGGGAAACGCUGGGUUUGCGUUUGCGGUUCUGACUUUAAACACAAACGCUCCCUUAAGGACCAUGUUAAGGCUUUUGGGCCUGGUCAUGGGUCUUAUCUAACCGGUUUGCUUGACGAGCAGGCCUCUCAUUCUUCUCUCUCUGAGAAUUUGUUCUUUUAAAACUUUGUGCAUCUAUCAGUCUUUUGACGUGUGUUGUCCGUUUAUUUAGUCUAGAAUAAUGUGGUAUCUAAUAAUUCUCGUAGUGAAUAAUAUCAUAAUCUACUUGAUAUGAGAGGUCAACAUAUUUAGUCCCGCAGUUAAUAAUAUCAUAAUUUGGUGCACC